GGUCCAUUGCUUUUGUCAGAUCUCGAUGCUUUCAGCGAACCCUAAUCUAUCUCCAUGUGUUCCAAAUUCCCAAUUGGUCACCUUCUCCAAUUCAGUUCAAAACACUCCUCCUUGAAUUUCCAUUUCUGGAUAUGAAGAAAAAUAUAGGGAAUUGAUUGUUAUAAGGAAGUAAGGAUGUCUAAGAUGGGUAUGAAGAGUGAAUCUGGAAGACAUUCGAAAAGGGGUUUUAGUUUAAGGUCGAGAUCAUUAAGGGCUUUUGAGGAGAUUCCAGUGACUUUGAGAGAAGAUGGUUUGAAGGAGAGUAGCUGGGCCAAUAUUCCUCCUGAGAUCUUGAGGGAAGUACUGAAGAAGAUUGAGUCAUCUCAAACAACAUGGCCUCUUCGGCAAAAUGUUGUUUCUUGUGCAGGUGUUUGCAAAGGUUGGCGAGAUAUGAUGAAGGAUUGUUUUAAACUGACAAUAUAUGUAUAUGAAAACAGAGGUCCAAGAAGUAUGCAAUGCACCAUGAACUCCAUCCCAGCAUCUUCAAUCGAGCCUAGAGGAGUGGCCCCAUUUCAAACUGAAUUCCCACGUACAAAUUUCGAAUCCUACCCCUCACCCCUUCCCUUUUUCAGAUCAAAAUCUACUCGCACAGAAGCAAUCCAAUCCGAAAAAGAGAAAAUGCUUUUCAUGAAAAAUAAGUCUCCUAAGUGGCACGAUCGGCUUCAGUGUUGGUGUUUGAAUUUCAAUGGUCGUGUUACAGUUGCAUCUGUGAAGAACUUUCAGCUUGUUGCUUACUCAGAAGGAGAUGGAGAUGGAGAAGGAGAAGGAGGAGGAGUUGAGCAUGAAGAUGUUAUUCUUCAGUUUGGUAAGGUUGGAAAGGAUCUGUUCACUAUGGAUUAUCAAUAUCCUAUUUCCGCGUUUCAGGCCUUUGCUAUCUGCAUCAGCAGCUUCGAAACUAUGAUUGCUUGUGAAUGACUAAAUGCAGUAAGUUUCUUUGCCUUCUUUCGAGACUAAGAUUACUUCUUUUUUUUCAGUUUGAAAUGGGUUGAUUUUCAUCUUAACUAGCUAAUGUUAUUGAGUGAAGAUUGAAUGGGUUGUGUAAGAAUGGGAGAUGUCUCUUAAAAUACUGCUGCUUUGAAGGAGUUCUACCUGGUUUGUUUGUUUGUUUGUUUUCUUUC